AAGAUUUGGGGGUGGAAGGAUUGUGUGUAAUUUUGGAGGAUGGUGUUGCGGGGAUUUCAGUUUCAGUUGACUCUGGUUGUGGCGGUGAUCACCCUCUCCGGCCUUUCGCCGAGAGAUGGGCUUACCGGAGUUGAAGCUGCCACUUCCACUUCCGCUUUCGUUCACAACGUCAUCUACUCUAACAGGAUUGCUAUGUUCUCCAAAUCCUACUGCCCAUAUUGCUUGGGUGCCAAACGUAUGUUCAGUGAACUCCAUGAAAAACCUUUGGUUGUGGAGCUUGAUCUUCGAGAUGAUGGAUCUCAAAUUCAGAGUGUUCUACUAGACCUGACAGGAAAGCGCACUGUUCCUCAGAUUUUUGUGAAUGGCAAGCACAUUGGUGGCUCUGAUGAUCUGAAAGCCGCAGUUGCUAGUGGUCAGUUGCAGAAACUUCUGGCUUCAAGUUGAUUGCCUUCUUGGAACGAUAAAUCACGUAUUUAUUGAACUUGAGCUACAUAAGCUGUGUAGAUGAAUUUUAACUUCGUGAAAACUUUUGAUAGUAUUUGUUAUUCGUUUUUACUCUGCAACAGAGAAGCCUGUUGCAAAUUUCUCCCUCUACUUUAAUGAGAAUCUGCUUUUUUUCCUUUUCAUUAUUUGAAACCAUGGUGAAAAGGUGUUUGAUU